AUGUUCAUCCGCUUGCGUCGGUCCGGGAGCUUUGAUAUUCGUGUUACUGUUGACAUUAAUCUUGAUGACAUUAUUCAAAGGUUGACAACAACCAGUGCUGUAAACUGCCAACGCUGUUUGAACUUAUCCUCUAGCUUGAUAUCCCUUCCAUCAACGGGCUCUGGUGGGCCUUGUGAAGCUCGCCGGGUGAACGUCACGAAUGCUUCUGAGAUUGCUCUUCAAUUGACAGACGUCAAGUUUUGCGGUCUUGAGAAUCGGAGUGCCCCGGCUGACGCUUCAGCGAAGCCUCUAAGGCAUCAACUGUCAUUCAUCGCUCCAGAGCUCCCGUGCACUCUGCUACUCGACGCACUGUGUCUUCAUAGAAACGACUGUUUGCUUUGCUUCUUGGAGAUGUGCGACGCUCAGGUGCUUUUGAAAUACACCCGAACUGCUGAUUACCUGCCCUUCCCAUUCUGUUGUGCUGACCUUGGCAUUAAGGAGAAUUUGACUAUUGCACGCCUUCCAGCAGUAAUAAAGCCAUUGUGGAUGCAGUUCCUGCAUAUUAACUUGGCUCAUCCAGUUACCUCUGCGGUCGGUGUCCCGUUUGCGUUUUCGGCAGCUCUAGAAAAUUUGACCCGCGAGGCGAUGGAAUUGGUUGUGCGUCUGUCGUUCCCUCGUGGGGACAGCCUGGACGUGGACGACUCAGCCGACCUCAGUUCAGUGGCAAUUCCCUCAGAUUGCCCAUUUAUGAUCGGUGGUCAAGUGACGACGCAGGUCAUUAUCCUUCCACUUAGCACAAAGUCCCUUCACUGGACUCUCGUUGCCUCAAGGCCAGGAUCGUUCAGGCUGCCAACUGUUCUGGUUGAGGGCAAAUCCAAGCCAGUAAACUCAAACUUGCAGAAGGUACCACCGUUCAUCACUGGUGCAGACAGUGUCGACCCGGCUAAUUGGGAGUGUAUUUCCAACCCGGCACAUGUGCUUGUUUUCUCAAGAUAA